AUGCCUCGAGUUCCAAAAAAUAAACAGCAAAAAAGGACUGCUUCGAUUGCGGGUGGGGCAGCAUUCAGGGUCCAGUCAAGAAUUCGGAAGGAAGUUAGGGAAGUUCCUGGAGUAUCGGCUUUUGAAGAAGAUGAUGUGAUUGCGGCCCUUAGCGAUAUUGAAGAAGAUAUUCUCCAAAUAGGACAACCAGGUGGUGGUUAG